AUGAUCGCGUGGACUGUGCCAGUGCUCACGAGCUGGGCAAAGUUCAAGCCGGUACUCCGCUCUGCCAUCGUAGCUUGGAUUUGCUUGUUGCUGAUGGUCAUCGAGCCCAUCGAGCGUCAACUCGGCAACGCGAGCUUCUUGCUGCUCGUUGGCGUCUUCAUUCAACCUUGCGAACUGCCAGUGGUGGCAGUGAUCGAGAGGGAAAUGUUCACACUGGGACUGCUGCUCAUCGCUUGGGCUUGGUCUUGCCUCGGCACGGCCAUCGCUGUUCAAGCCCGAACGUAUCAAUUGGCGCCGACGGAGGCUGCUUUGGCCUCCAUCUUCUCUGGAGAUUACAUACAGGGCGCGGAAGCGGUCAUAUGCGGCUUCUUUCUGUCCAUCGGCGCUGCUGCUCUGCUCUACCUCAAGGUUCGCUUCGGACCCUCGUGAGUGUCAGAACGACCGCAUCUGGAGAGCUUCGAGCCAAAGGUGACUGAAAUGUGCCGUUCGCAUACAUCCAAAGACCUUUCCUGUUUGCGGCGAUCCUGUCGUGCAUCUGCUUGGAUGUAGCGUUGGGUUAUCAACCCUUGUUUCCAUACCCUGAUUACAUGCUAGCCACGACCAUCAUCAAGCCACUGGCGCUCAAGGCUGCAGUCAAUAUUGGUGAGCUCCACGCUCAAAAGGCCUUUUGCAGAGCUAGCACGCAUGCCAAUCGAGAGCUGACGCUCUACUGCCUGCGCCCCGCAGUCGUCGCGCUGUUCUUCUUCCCGAAGAGCGUCAACAGCAGCUUUGCCGACAAGCUCGUGGCAGUCUUGGCACCCAUGCGUGACGCAGCUAGGAGCCAGAUCGAAUUGCUGCAGCAAAGCCCUCUGGAUCCUGACUUCAACUUUACCCAAGUCCAUGACCUGAUGACUAAGAGUGAAGGUGGGAUCUUGGCACUCGUUGGAGCCGGCCGGCUUCUCACCCGCGAAGUGAGCUUUGGCGUUGCGAGCGGGCAGGAUCUGAGCAGUCUCAUCGCACUGGUUCGCGCCCUCAUGAGCCCCAUGGACGGCAUGGCCUACUACUAUAGGCUCAUACGUGCAGAUAUGAAGCACGAUCGUUUUCCGCAGCUUUGCCAACAGCCUGGCUUCGAGGAUGAAAGCCAUGGUCAGCGAAGUCGGCCUGCAUCACGAGCCCCGAGCAGACCUGGCACGCCGGGAAUAGACGGUCCGCAACCUUUUCAGGAUGUCUCGCACGUCGACAAGGCUGCCCAGCGUCCAUCCUCUUUGGCGCCUUUUGCAGCUCGAGAGAAGGGCAGCUCCUCGACUUCCACCCCUCGUUCGUCGCAAGAUAGCUCCGGCAACAUACGUCAGGCUCAUCACGGCGCAUUUCUACCGCGAAUAGCUCACCUACAUCUUCCUAGAUCACGUCAUCAUAGUCCAGAGCCCGCUCCUAGGGUAGGGGCAUGGGAGGCGCUGCGAUACGCAGCGAUAGAGACGCAACUGCAUCGCGAAGCGCACAACAAGUUCACCGAGCAGUGCACCCGUCUGCUCGGCGAAACGACUUCUGAGCUGCUCGCUGCUCAGGCGGACGCUCUCGAUCAUAUCCUUAGCUGGUUGGCGAACCUCAACCGCACUAGACUGGCACUCUUGCGACGCAGGGUCUUGGGCAAAGUCAUUGGAGGGCUUCCAAGUGCAGACGCGGAAAAGCGCAAGAGCUCACAAGAAGUGUUGGGAUCUUUGUCCAGCGCCCUUGAAAGGUUUCAUACGGCGCGUCUUGCCUUGAUUGAGCCUUUCAGAGCGACCAUUGAGUGCACGGGCAGUCCGGAGGAGAGACCUCCGCACCGUUACUUGUGAGCGUCUCUUCUGUUGGCAAUGUUGCUCCCUUACGACGUGCUGAUUCCCAACCGCAUGUCCUGAUUCACAGAUAUCAAGGAUUUGUGUUCCAAUUCCACACGGCGCGCUUUGGCGAGAGGCUCGUCACCCUGUUGGAAGCCAUCGUCAAGAUGGAAGAGCGUCAAGAUGCGAUCGGUGGGCGCUUCUGGCUGCCCUCGCUACCUCACAUCUUCUCCGCGGAAGCGUGGCACUCCGAGGGUACUGCUGAUGGAGAGCAUGGGCAUGAUGAUGAGGAUCCUGCACACAUGGGUCCGGACCACUCCUCCAUGCUGGGACGAACAAAGAGGCGCGAUCCUGAUGCGCUGGAACCACAAGGAGCUAUUCAACAAAUUGGCACUCGUGCCAGCACCUUCCUUCACACUCUCGGACGUGGCAACAUGCUCUUCUGCCUCAAGGCAGCCGCCGUCACGGCUCUUCUGAGCCUGCCUCAGUUCAUGCGCAGCUCGGCUAGAUUCUGCUACGUCAACAAAGCCGUCUGGAGCUUGUUCAUGGCACAGCUGACCCUGGCCAGGCAUCGAGGAGAGGUCGCAUUUGGUCUCGUAUCCAGACUCAUUGCCACCACUGCUGGUGCCGCGAUGGGGCUCGUCAUCUGGUACAUCGCUGCGCCUACGGGAUAUCACGCAUCCAGCCCUUACACGCUCAUGGUGACCGCCGCCAUAGCGUUUCCCAUCGUAAUGCUCGUCAGGCUCAACGCACCAGGGCCGCCCAUCACAUCCAUCAUCACGUGUGUGACUGUGGCUCUGGUGCUCGGUUACAGCCUCAAAGACUCCACCAACCCCACGUUUGGUUUCCGCGGAGUAGGCUGGACUGUAGCCUGGCGCAGGUUUGUUGGUGUCCUCAUUGGCACAGGUGCAGCGCUGGUCAUGGCGAUACUGCCACCCUCGAGCACUUUGAGGAAGUACCAGCGCCUGGGCCACGCUGCGACAAUCUCUGAGCUCUGUCAACUCUACUGCGACGUCGUCGCUUACGCUUCGGCACCCCAUCAUCCCGAUCGAUCGCCCACAGAGCUGACAAAAAGGCUGCUGGCAACGAGGAGCAAGCUGCGAAGGCUUGCGCUGACUCGCUCCGUCGUCACUUACGAGUUUUCGCUGCGAGGCAAGUGGCCGGUCAAGCGGUACGAAGAAUUAUCAGCCGUCGCGAUGGAACUAUCAAAGCUGCUGUCGCACGCAGUCACCGUGACGGAAAAGCUAGGCGAAGGAUACUCUGCCGCCCUUCUUCGAAAGACGCGUUUUCUGGAUCCGGGCUUCUUGGCAGAUUGCAUAUCCGUAUUGUCGCUCUGCGCGACUGCACUACGGAGCGGCGAGCCUUUGCCUCAAGUCAUGCCCGUGCUGAUGGAUAGACUGCUUGUCAGAGGCACGAGCUAUGAGCUCACAGACGUUUCCGACGAAGGCAAGGACGCAUCCCCGAAUGUUGCCGCUUCGGAGAUGCACACAGCGGAGUCUAUAGUCGGAGAUGCAAGUCCUCCAGCACACGACGCAUACAGAUUGCCAAAGCAUGUCGACAUGGCUACUCUUCAAUCGGAGCAGUAUCAAGCUUUUGCAGUAGGCAUGACCAUCGCUUUUGGCAUCGUGUUGCGCAUCGAUAAGCUUUGCAUGGCGACCAAGGCUCUCGUGGGGGAAAGUUAUCCGGUUCCUGCGGAUUGGAGUUCCGGUCGUACUCAUUACGCGUCCAGCAAUCCGCCUCAUCGCUCAUAG